ACCCUCUUGAUAAACCCCAGACCCCCACAAAUUUCCCCAACACAAACCCAAAAUGCAAACCCUGUCAGCACCUUCGCUGGGUGUGGCGGUUAGAGCUUCGUGGGACACGCAACCGAGGCUCCCAUACAACCCCAACGCCCCACGAAAAGCCCCCAAAAUCCCCAAACCUCCACCAACCCUCACCUUAACCGUCCAAACCACCCCUUCGGACCCCUCCAUUUCGGACCUCCUCAAGCGCCCCAGUAGUCGAGAAGUAGUGGAGCGGGAUGAAGUUUAUUUGGGAUACGAGCGAUGGUUGCCAAGUCCUCCAAAAGUGGAGAAGCCUCGAUCCAUGUUCAAUGCGGCAUCAUUAGCAUAUGUUGGCGAUUGCAUCUAUGAGCUAUAUGCUCGCAGGCACUUUUUGUUUCCUCCACUGAAUAUUGAAGAAUACAAUGAUCGUGUGACAGCAGUUGUUCGUUGUGAAGCACAAGAUGCAUUGCUUCAGAAACUUCUUAAUGAGAACUACUUAUCAGAAGAAGAAAGAAAUGUUCUUCGCUGGGGAAAGAAUAUUGGUUCAUCUAAAACACGGACGAAAAGACGUGCUGGCGCAGCAGUUUAUAAUAGAGCAUCUUCACUGGAAACAUUAGUUGGUUAUCUCUAUCUCACAAAUGUGAAACGUUUGGAAGAAGUCAUGUUAAAGUUGGGAUUCUCAACUGAUUCCUCUUUGCAGUUGAUUUGGGAGCAAAGAGCAGGCAAGCAGGACAGUGAAUGAAGAUGGAGUUGAACCCUGGAGUACACGGGAUACUGAUACGCCCAAUUUUGUAUCUGUAUAACAUCCAAAAAAACAGUCAGAAAAUGUUAGAUUGUUUCCUUCUGCUCAGAGUUGGGAAACUGUUUGUAUAAACGGCAAAAUGGCAUGAACUUUCAACCUCUACGAGGUUCUUUCUUGAUUUUCAUAUAGUACCAAGUAUUGCUAGUGUAUUUAUGUGAAAAUUUAUUGAAAUUGACUAAUUA